AUGGAUACAUAUGUUACGGUCGAGCAUUUACUGAAUAUCCACUUUUCAAGUUUACCUCUUGAGAAAAAUAUUGAAAUAAAAAAAGAAGGUAGGCCAAUGCCAAAUUUAAAUAUAAUACAAAUUAAGAAAACAAAGUCUAGAGAAUUUAAAAGAAGUUUUAAUAAAGACAUUUAUUCAAAACAUGGUUGGUUAUGUGGUUGUUCUAAAACGAACCGUUUGUUUUGUUUUCCUUGUAUACUUUUUUGUCGUACUUCUGGUGAUAAAAAUUGGUCACAAAACGGAAUAAAUGAUUUAGCUCAUUUGAACGAUAAAAUUAGUACACACAUAAAAUCAAGUUUACAUUUAAAUGCGCAUUUAAAUUUGAAACUUUUGGGUAAACAAGAUAUAAGGCAACAACUUUCAAAUGCAUUUAGGCUUAGUAUACAAAAACAUAAUGAAACUGUAACUAACAACCGUUAUAUUUUAUCUAAAAUUAUUGAUUGUAUUAAAUUUUGUGGUGCAUUUGAACUUGCUCUUCGAGGGCAUAAUGAGAAGUCAGAUUCUGAAAAUCCAGGAAUAUUUCGCGGACUUAUUAAUUUUAGUUCUGAAUUGGAUAACACUUUAAAAUUACACCUCGAACAGUCUACAGUAUUUAAAGGCCUUUCUAAAAUAAUUCAAAAUGAAAUGUUGGAAUGUAUGCUAUUUGUUAUUCGACAAAAUAUUAAAAACGAAAUAAAAAACGCUGAUUUCUUUUCUGUUAUAUCUGACGAAACGACAGAUGUAUCAGCACAAUUUCAAAUGUCCAUAAUAUUUCGUUAUAUUUUAUCCAAUGGUACGCCAGUUGAGAGAUUUUGGGGCUUUUUUAAUCCAUCUGGACAUGAUGCAAAGUCACUAUCAGAGUGCAUAAAAUAUAACUUAAAAGAAGUAACAGAAAACCACGACAAAUUAAUCUCGCAAAGUUAUGACGGAGCUGCUGUGAUGAGUGGUCGACUUUCCGGCGUUCAAAAACUUAUAAAAGAUGAAUAUAAAAAUGCACAUUUUGUUCAUUGUUAUGCCCACCAGUUAAAUUUAAUCUUAAGUCAAGCUACAAUGCACAACCGUGAUGUAAGAAUUUUUUUUUCCAACUUGACUGAUGUAACUAAUUUUUUUUCUAAUUCUCCGCAAAGAGUUGCCGUUUUGGAUAAAGUUGUUAACCAUAGAAUCCCUCGAUCAUCAAAUACAAGAUGGAACUUCAAAAGCCGUAUUGUUAAUACUGUACACGAAAAUCGUGAGUUAUUAAUAGAAUGUAUGGAAGAGAUCGAAAAUACAUUUAAUCAAAAUAUUGCAAUUAAUCAGUUGCAAAAACGGAAAAUUGACUCUAUCGAAGUGAAAAAUGCCAUUUCUCGAUUUGAAGAAAAUAUUCAAAAAGAAAGACAAAAUUUCGAUAAUUUUCAAAAUGAAAUGCCAGGUGAAGUAACUCAAUGUAGACCAAAAAGAAAACGUGAUGAUGAUACACUACUUUCUAGAAUUUGUGUUGCAAAAGAAGUCUGUGAUAUUCUUAUUGUCUGUGUUAAAGAUAGGUUCGAAUAUAAAGCUCAUUUAAACGCGUCUCUAUUAUUUAUGUCCACUGAAUUUCCUUUGUAUGAAAAAAGUUUUCCACAAACAUAUGUUGAUGAAACAAUUGAAGCUUACCCUUUUUUAAAUAAAAGUAAGCUUCAAACUGAAUUGGAACUUAUAUAUAAACGAACAGAUUUUCGUAGCGUAAUAGGUGCUGUUAAUUUACUACAGUUUAUUAUUGAUAACAACUUGGAACAAAUAUUUUCAGAAACAUUUAAACUUAUACGUAUUAUAGCAACAAUACCUAUGACAUCUGCAGAAGCAGAAAGAUCGUUUUCGACAUUGAAAAGGAUAAAAACAUUUCUUCGAAAUAGUAUGGCAGAAGAGCGAUUAACAGCAUUAGCGAUGUUAUCAAUUGAAAAGAAAAUGGUGAAACAAAUAUCAAAUUUUAAUGAAGAAGUCAUCAAAGUAUUCAUGAAGAAAAAAGACAGACGGAUCGAUUUGGAAUUCAAAAAUAUAACUACUCAUACAGAGUAUAGACAUCAAAGUAUAUCAAUUUGGGAUACAAUUGAUCGUAACUCAGCUGAGGUACAACCUUCUGGAACAUCAACAUCUCGUGCAAUCAUUGAAGUCCAACGUUAUUUAGAAGUUGCUAUACUGCAAAGAAAUAACGAUCCGUUAAAUUGGUGGCGUGAAAAUAGUUAUAACUAUCCGUAUCUACACAUACUAGCAAAAAGAACACUAUGCUGUUUAGGUACAUCAGUACCGUGUGAGAGAGUAUUCUUAAAGGCUGGAUUAAUUCUAAAUGACCGUCGUUGUCGUUUGAAAAAUGAUAAAGUUAAAAUGCUUUUAUUCCUCAACUAUAAUUCAAAUUAA